AUGACGACCGCCCGAACUGUUCGCGUUGCCGUCACUCAGCAUGAACCUGUAUGGCUCGAUCUUGAGGGAACGGUCCAAAAGACCAUCAAGAUCAUCGAAGAAGCUGCUGCAGCAGAAGCCAAGAUUGUAGCGUUUCCAGAAUGUUGGAUUCCAGGAUAUCCUACUUGGAUUUGGUCCAGACCAGUUGACUUUGACCUGGGUACGAAGUAUGUUCAGAACUGCCUAAAGGUCAACAGCCCCGAGAUGAAGCGCAUUCAAGACGCAGCCCGCGAUUCGAACAUCAGUGUAGCUUUGGGCUUUUCAGAGCGAGAUGGUGAGAGCGUCUAUAUCGCCCAAGCCUUAAUCGACGCCACAGGAGAGAUACAGAUGACACGCAGGAAGCUGAAGCCAACUCACAUGGAACGAACAAUCUUCGGCGACGCUUCUGRUGAUUGCUUGGCCAAGGUCGUUGAUCUUCCUGAAGUCGGCAAGGUCGGCAGUCUUUCAUGCUGGGAGCACAUCCAGCCUCUACUCAAGUACUAUACGCUCUCGCAGGGAGAGCAGAUCCACAUCGCUGCUUGGCCGCCUCUCGAUCCGUUUGUUGAUGGCAGUCCUGGCUUCUACAGUAUGUCCGUCGAAGGUUGCAGGAACCAAGCCCAGUCCUAUAGUAUUGAAUCUCAGACUUUCGUGCUGCACGCCACGACAGUUCUUUCGCAGAAAGGAGUUGAUACGCUGAAGACCGCCGGCGCACCGAUCAUGGGGUCUGCCCAACCAGGCUCCUCAGCCGUCAUCGGCCCCGACGGUCGUAUCCUCUCCGAGCCUGGCACUGCUGAUGGGAAGCUGAUCAUUGCCGACCUUGACCUCAAUCUCAUUACCAAAACGAGAACUUUCGCGGACGCUGCUGGGCAUUACUCUCGCCCGGACUUGAUGUGGCUUGGUGUUGAUGACCAGAAGAAGUCCGUGGUUCGACACGAGACCAAGUGA